GCUAAAGGUUAGCACAUCUAUCCAUUAUGCUAUUCUAAUACUAACCCAUUCCUUAGGACUUACCAAGGGGCACCCUCGUCUCUUUUGGAAAGAGCAUGAACAUGAUGUCACAACCUGGCUUCUCUCGUAUCGUACCUAGGGUUCUACUUAGUUGUAUUUCGAGACAGGACACUUACCUGUCACAACCUGGCUCCUCUCGUAUCGUACCUAGGGUUCUAGUUAGUUGUAUUUCGAGACAGGACACUUACCCUAAGUGUCUUCCAAGCACUCAUAUGCUCAAUGACCAUCCAGGUCCUCUGUAUAUCACGUCGAAGGUAUCUCGCCCCCUCCAGGCUCCGUAAGGUAGUCAACAGGUAGAAUCGGUAAAGGUAACGAAUAGAGAAACAAGGUCAACCGAGCACGUAUGCUGGGUUGUUGGUUAAGUGCGGACGAGUCAGAAACUAGAAGGUAACCAAUGCUUGAUUAACUGAAU